AUGGAACUCGCAACUGAUUUCUUCAACGAAGAGAACGUGAUCGGGAGCAGCCAUCUGAGCACCGUCUACAAGGGAAGGCUCGAGGAGGGCGGCGGAAGGGCCGUCGCCGUGAAGAAGCUCAACCAGCAGCAGUUCCCCUCCGAGACCGACAAGUGUUUCCUGACGGAGCUGAAGAAUCUGUGCCAUCUGAGGCACCGUAAUCUGGUCAAGAUGGUGGGCUAUGCCUGGGAAGCCGGGAGGCUGAAAGCCCUAUCCCUGGAGUUGAUGGAGAACGGGAGCUUGGAGAGGAUCAUCCACGACCCUCUCCUGGAUCGGUCUCAGUGGACGUUGCCGGAGAGGUUGAGGGUUUGCACCAGCGUGGCGCAUGGCCUCGCCUACCUCCACUCGAGCUACGACUUCCCCGUCGUCCACUGCGACCUCAAGCCCUCCAACAUCCUCCUCGACCGAGACUGGGAAGCUCGCGUUGGCGAUUUCGGCACUGCCCGCAUGCUCGGCGUUCAUCUUCCCCAAGACGACCGCGACGCCAUUUCCUCCUCCGCAUUCCGAGGCACCAUUGGCUACAUAGCUCCGGGUAACUCCAUGUCCGCUGGGUUCUGUCUGUCUGACAUGCGUCUAACUCAUCUGCGAUUUCUGAUCUCUCCUUGUCUGUCUCAGAGUUCGCGUACCAGAGGAAGGUUACCCCGAAAGUGGACGUCUACAGCUUCGGCGUCGUCGUCAUGGAGCUCGUCACCAGGAGAAGGCCGACGGGAGGGAUGGAGGAGGGCGGUCAUCCCCUCACCUUGCCGGAGUUUGUGGCGAAGGCGGUUGGCGGCCGAGCGGGGGCAGUUCCCGGCGUCCUCGACCCGGAGCUGGAGCUCCUGGACGGCGAGGAGGCGGAGGUGGCAGUGGAACUCCUGGAGCUAGCCCUGUACUGCACACGCCACGAAGCCGAAGCCAGGCCGGACAUGGAGGAGGCGCUGUCUUUCCUGUUGAAGCUCAGACGGGAGCUGGACGGCUGUUGA